CUAAAUGAAUUUGAAUGAUAUAAAACGCUAGUUGAGCAGCACAAAAAGCUCAGUAUCAGUCAGAGUGUCUUCACAAAUCACAAUUCACAGCAGAAUACCGCAAGUGAGAAAAGAUUAGAAAUGUUGACGCAAAGAUUAUUCGUUGUAAUGAUAGGCUUGCUUGUAACGGAGUUAGCGGCAGUGCAUCCUCUAUGGUCAUUUAGUCCUUUGUUUGUCUCGGCGGAAGAUGAGGGAUUUGUAAGGAACAUUGAGUAUACAGACCAUUUGCGUUCUUCAGAGGAAGUGACAACUAAAACGGGUGACAAUUUAUGCGCUACGAUUAGUUUGACUAACACACCACCAAAAAUUUUGGAAAAGGCUUAUAGAAUAUUCGCUGAAAUUUUGGUACGCGACUCAAGGACAGUCAGUUCAACCAAAUUGAAAGAAGUAAAAGCGAUGUAUACGGACAAAGAAACGAGCAUCGGCUAUUUCUUCCUUAUGCGAAGAAAUUUGGGUAAAGUCAAUAUCACGUGGGAAGGCAAAGCAAUGUACAAUGCUAUAAAAGAAAUAGCUGCCAAUACCUCAAAUUCCAAUAAGAUCGAAAACGAACCGGCUUGGUUGGAUCAAAUGAUAGUAGGCGUUGUCUGUGGUGUGCUAAGAGCCCAAGAGCAGGAUGAUGCAGAUAAUUUGGUUGAUCAAAUCACAUUCGAAAAAGAAAUUAGCGAGCAUUUCGAUGUGUUUACGCGAUUUUGGCUGGAUUACCCGAAAUCUAACAGAGCACAGUAUCAAAGUUAUACCACCAAUACACCAAUAAGGCAAAAGAAACAAGCAACUGGAGAGGUUUCAUGUGUAAUUCCAGCAUUUGAGCUUGCCGUAACAUCAGCCAAUACAGCCUACCGCGCAUUUGCUGCGAUUCUCGUACGUGAUUCGGCAACAGUCGUUGAAAGCAAAUUGAAAGCGAAUCCCGUGAAUAGAAAAGAAAAAUUCGAUUUGUCUGCAAUGUUGAGAAAUAUUGAAAGCUACGAGAUUUCUAAUGGAACUAUGCAAGGAAGACUUAUGCACCAGAAGCUGCAAAGAAUCAAUCAAGAAAUGGUUGAAGAAAUGGAUGAAGAAGGCUCAACCUGGCUAAGGGAUAUUGUCGAUAGGAUUUUUUGUCUUGCACAAAAAGUGCAUACGGAGAGUGAUUUCAAGUUGUUAGUUGGCAAUACCACAAUGACAGACGCAAUUAAAGAACACUUUGAUGUCUUUAAACAAUUUUGGUUAAACUAGACAUGAUUUCCAAGCAGCUGAAUUAUGACGUGGUUAUGCUGUUUUAGUCAAAAAUUAGUAAUUUAUUUAUUUUUUGUGCAAACUUAUUAAUACAUAUUAAAUUUAGAGCAAGCAAUUAAUUUUUGUAUAUGUAACUAUUUAUUUAUUUCAUCAAUAAACUAUGAUUUUAUCAGAAA